GUGGCCCUGUCCAGAGAAGGAGAGGGGUGAAGGAGGGAGCUAUUUAAAGAAAGCUGGGAAGUCUCCUCUAUUGACUGCUUUUUCCUUUCCUCCUCCUGCGUUCCUUCCAUCCAUCCCCCGGCGCCCCGGGCUGACAAAGAUGGGGAAAGGGGUUGGGAGGGAGUAUUCGCCGGCGGCAACCACCUCCGAGAAUGGUGGUGGCAAGAAGAAGCAGAAGGAGAAGGAGUUGGAUGAGCUGAAGAAGGAGGUGAACUUGGAUGAUCACAAGCUGUCUCUGGAUGAACUGGGCAGGAAAUACCAGGUGGAUCUGUCCAGGGGUCUGACCAACACCCGCGCAGCCGAGAUCCUGGCGCAGGAUGGCCCCAAUGCCCUCACGCCCCCCCCGACCACCCCCGAGUGGGUCAAGUUCUGCCGCCAGCUCUUCGGGGGCUUCUCCAUCCUGCUGUGGAUCGGCGCCAUCCUCUGCUUCCUGGCCUACAGCAUCCAGGCCGUGAUGGAGGAUGAGCCAGCCAACGACAACCUGUACCUGGGCGUGGUGCUAGCUGCUGUGGUCAUAGUCACUGGCUGCUUCUCCUACUACCAGGAGGCCAAGAGCUCCAAGAUUAUGGAUUCCUUCAAAAACAUGGUACCACAGCAAGCCCUGGUGAUCCGGGAGGGCGAGAAGAUCCAGAUCAACGCUGAGAACGUGGUGGUGGGAGACCUGGUGGAGGUGAAGGGGGGAGACCGGGUCCCUGCCGAUCUGCGCAUCAUCUCCUCCCAUGGCUGCAAGGUAGAUAACUCCUCCCUGACGGGCGAGUCGGAGCCACAGACCCGCUCCCCCGAGUUCACCCACGAGAACCCCCUGGAGACCCGCAACAUCUGCUUCUUCUCGACCAACUGUGUGGAAGGCACUGCCCGGGGCAUCGUCAUCUCGACCGGGGACCGCACAGUGAUGGGCCGCAUCGCCUCGCUGGCUUCGGGGCUGGAGGUGGGCCGCACCCCCAUCGCCAUGGAGAUCGAGCACUUCAUCCAGCUCAUCACCGGGGUGGCCGUCUUCCUGGGCCUCUCCUUCUUCAUCCUCUCCCUCAUCCUCGGCUACACCUGGCUGGAGGCCGUCAUCUUCCUCAUCGGCAUCAUCGUCGCCAACGUCCCGGAGGGGCUCCUGGCAACCGUCACGGUGUGUCUGACCCUCACCGCCAAGCGCAUGGCGCGCAAGAACUGCCUGGUGAAGAACCUGGAGGCGGUGGAGACGCUGGGCUCCACCUCCACCAUCUGCUCCGACAAGACGGGCACCCUCACCCAGAACCGCAUGACAGUCGCCCACAUGUGGUUCGACAACCAGAUCCACGAGGCUGACACCACCGAGGACCAGUCUGGUGCGACCUUCGAUAAGCGCUCGCCCACCUGGGCGGCCCUGGCCCGCAUCGCUGGCCUGUGCAAUCGAGCUGUCUUCAAGCCAGGCCAAGAGAAUGUCUCUAUCUCCAAGCGGGACACAGCGGGCGACGCCUCCGAGUCGGCCCUGCUCAAGUGCAUCCAGCUCUCCUGCGGCUCCGUCAAGAAGAUGCGGGACAAGAACCCCAAAGUGGCAGAGAUUCCCUUCAACUCCACCAACAAGUACCAGCUCUCCAUCCACGAGCGUGAGGACAACCCCGAGGGCUACUUGCUGGUGAUGAAGGGCGCGCCGGAGCGCAUCCUGGACCGCUGCUCCACCAUCCUGGCACAGGGCCAGGAACUGCCCCUGGACGAGGAGAUGAGAGACGCCUUCCAGAACGCCUACCUCGAGCUGGGCGGGCUGGGGGAGCGAGUGCUGGGCUUCUGCCACCUCCACCUGCCCCAAGACAAGUUUCCCCGGGGGUUCAAAUUUGACGCAGAUGAGAUCAACUUCCCCACCACCGGCCUGUGCUUCGUGGGGCUCAUGUCCAUGAUCGACCCGCCCCGGGCGGCUGUGCCUGACGCUGUGGGCAAGUGCCGGAGCGCAGGGAUUAAGGUGAUCAUGGUGACCGGUGACCACCCCAUCACCGCCAAGGCCAUCGCCAAGGGUGUGGGCAUCAUCUCCGAGGGCAACGAGACGGUGGAGGACAUUGCAGCCCGGCUCAACAUCCCCGUUGGCCAAGUCAACCCUAGGGAAGCCAAGGCCUGUGUGGUGCACGGCUCUGACCUCAAGGACAUGACUGGGGAGCAGCUGGACGAGAUCCUCAAGAACCACACGGAGAUUGUCUUUGCCCGCACCUCCCCCCAGCAGAAGCUCAUCAUCGUGGAGGGCUGCCAAAGACAGGGGGCCAUCGUGGCCGUGACAGGGGAUGGCGUGAACGACUCGCCCGCCCUGAAGAAGGCCGACAUCGGCAUCGCCAUGGGCAUCGCCGGCUCCGACGUCUCCAAGCAGGCGGCCGACAUGAUCCUGCUGGACGACAACUUCGCCUCCAUCGUGACGGGGGUGGAGGAAGGCCGCCUGAUCUUCGAUAACCUCAAGAAAUCCAUUGCCUACACGCUGACCAGUAACAUCCCCGAGAUCACCCCCUUCCUGCUCUUCAUCAUCAUCAAUAUCCCGCUGCCCCUGGGCACCGUCACCAUCCUCUGCAUCGACCUGGGCACUGAUAUGGUCCCCGCUAUCUCCCUGGCCUAUGAAGCCGCAGAAAGCGACAUCAUGAAGAGGCAGCCGCGGAACCCCAAGACGGACAAGCUGGUGAAUGAGCGACUCAUCAGCAUGGCCUACGGGCAGAUCGGUAUGAUCCAGGCCCUGGGCGGGUUUUUCACCUACUUUGUGAUCUUGGCGGAGAAUGGGUUCCUGCCGUCCACCCUGCUGGGCAUCCGCCUGGAUUGGGACGACCGUUCCAAAAAUGACCUGGAGGACAGCUACGGGCAGGAGUGGACCUAUGAGCAGCGCAAGGUGGUGGAGUUCACCUGCCACACGGCCUUCUUCGCCAGCAUCGUGGUGGUGCAGUGGGCCGACCUCAUCAUCUGCAAGACCCGGAGGAACUCCGUCUUCCAGCAGGGCAUGAAGAACAAAAUUCUGAUUUUUGGUCUCCUCGAAGAGACGGCCUUGGCCGCCUUCCUGUCCUACUGCCCCGGCAUGGGAGUGGCGCUGCGGAUGUACCCGCUCAAGGUCACCUGGUGGUUCUGCGCCUUCCCCUACAGCCUGCUGAUCUUCGUGUACGAUGAAGUGCGGAAGCUGAUCCUUCGGCGUUAUCCUGGCGGCUGGGUGGAGAAGGAGACGUAUUACUGAGCUGGGCCGGCCGGGCGGAUUCUCUCUCCACGUCGCCUGGCAGGGAGGGCGCUGCUCCGCCAAGGCCGCCUGGCACCACCACAAACCUUAGAGCAGAAUGGGGGGAGGGGGCAUCAGCAUCACACGCUGUCCUGUGUAGAUCUAACGCGUAGGCACUAACCCUGCUGGGACGAGGGGACGAGACGCCAGAUCCCUGCCCUGGUAGCUAGGCGGGGAGGUAGGUGGAGCAGGCCUGACUCCAAUGGGCCCCUGCUGAUGGGGAGGGGGGGUGGCUUGAUAAGACACAGAGACCCUGGAAGGGCCUAUGGGGGAGAGCGGGGAGCCAAGCUCUGGUGGGUCCCAGCCGGGCUCUGUGGAGCCAGCAGCCCUUGGCCAGAGAAAGAGUGAGUGAAUAUGUGGGGGGCACCCUAGGGCCCCUGGUGUGAGCAUAGGCGCCGACUCCAUGGGUGCUCCAGGGCUGGAGCACCCACGGGGAAAAAUUGGUGGGUGCUCUGCACCCACUGGCAGCUCCCUGCCCCCCUCACCCCAGCUCAUCUCCGCCUCCUCCCCUGAGCACACCUUCCCUGCUUCUCCCCCUAGCUCCCAGCACUUGCCGAGCUGAGGGGGGGUCGAGCACCCACCGGCGUGAGCAGAAGUCAGCACCUAUGGGUGUGAGGAUGAAAGGCACCCCCAGGUAGGGUGACCACCUGUCCCGAAUCAGGCAGGACAGUCCCGAAAUGCACAGUUCAAGUCCCGGUCCCGGGACAGGCUCGGGGGGGUGCCAGCCUCUUCCCAGUGGUGUGGGGCUGAGGUAGGCCUUAGUGCCCCCAUUGCCACAAUGCCCCCCCUCCGCUCCUCCUCCCCACCCCCUGAGGUGCCCCCCCCCCCGGGGCAGGCUGAAAGCUGGAGCUGGGCCAUAGUAAGAGCCACCCAGGGAGCCCGGGCCGCUGUGGGGAGCCCCAGACCCUGCACCUGCCCUGGGCGGCACAUGCCGGGAGGCAGGGACACAAGAUGCUCUCAAGCACCCCAGCCCCACGCUCAGGGCAGGUGCAGGCUCUGGGCUCCCUGCAGCAGCCUGGGCUCCCUGGGUGGCUCUUACCACGGCCUGGGUCUGGCUUCUGGCCUGGCCAGGGGGCAGGGCCUUGAGGGGGAAGGGGAGGAGCAGGGGGUGGAGCCACAGAGAGGGGCGGGGCUCCUGCAUGUAUCGCACUUCUGCUUUUUGAAAAGGUGGUCGCCCUACCCCCGGGCCUGGCAUGUAGUGGCUCCCCAAGGCUGCGAGCAGAUCCCCAGCCCCCACACACCACUGGGUGGGGGUGCUGGGGGGUUGUUUGCUGGGGCAACACUGCCCUGGGUGGGGAGGCAGGGAGUCUGGUCACUGCUCUGGGUGGGGGUGGGGAGGCAGGGGGUCUGGUCACUGCCCUGGGUGGGG